UAAUGACAGGUAGUGUAAGAAGUAAAUAAAGAAUUAAAGGCGGUUGACUACGGUAGUGUUUACAAACUGACCAUUCAGCUGAUUCUACACACAAGGAGACGUUCCUUCACGUUCACUUUCCUCCUUUACUGUCACCAGUUAACCGAGUGUAGUUGGCUGGCAAACACUGCACCAAGAUACUGUGUGGUGAACCCAUCAUACUUUUUGGACUACAUUAGACUGGUGAAUAUGAGCGGAGAAAGUGGUGCUGUGGGCGGCAUGCCGUCCCCAGUGUGGAGUGAACCAGAUGUGACUGUCGACGAUUCCCAACCCAGAGACAGAGAACCUGAGGGCCACGAUCAGGACCACAAACCUGCCACUGAGGAGUCCAUUUUCCUUAGUGAGAACAUUGAAUCAUCCUCUGAACUAAAUGUGACACCAGACUCUCAGCCUGAAGAAACAGAUCCCCUUUGUUGUAGUGACCAAGGAGCAACUCAACCCAUGGAUAAGUUUCAGGAUGAUGCCAGCAGUGUAGAAAACAAGGAGAAUGAAGCUUCUGGGUCGACAGACAAAAAUACAUCAAAAGACUUCAACCCCAUUUAUCGUGAGCUGUCCAUGAUUAAUGGAGAGAUUAAUAGGCUAAGGAAGAACCAGCUGAAAAUGUGGUUGAGGUCAUUCAAACUUGACACCAACGGCAGGAAGGAUGUCCUACAAAAGAGACUCAAGACCCAUUACAGGCUAAAGAGGUUAAAAGAGGAAAACAUCGUUGACCCAAUAUUGAUACAGCAGCGCUAUUAUGACUACUACGUGGUCAUAGACUUUGAGGCGACCUGUGAUGAUAUAAAUCCCCACAAUUUUCGACACGAGAUAAUAGAAUUUCCAGGCGUUCUGGUGUGCACAAAGAGAUGUAAAAUUAUUGACGUGUUUCAUUCAUACGUUCGUCCGGAAGUUAAUCCCAGGUUGACCAGCUUCUGCACGAGCCUAACUGGGAUUACACAGGACAAGGUUAAUUUUGCACCGAUGUUCCCCGAAGUCCUACAGAAGUUUGAAGAGUGGCUGGAUAAGCAUAAACUCACCACAAAACCUGAGAAGAUUAAGUUUGCAAUUGUGACUGAUGGGCCGUGGGACAUGGGGAGAUUCCUCUUUCAGCAAUGUCUCAUGUCAAAUGUGCCCUAUCCCUCCUGGGCAGUUAAAUGGAUCAACAUCAGGAAAAAUUACAGUAACUUCUACAGUACUAAAAGGCUGUGCCUGAAGGAUAUGCUGGAGAAGCUUGGGCUAAGGUUUGUGGGUCAACCGCACUGUGGCCUGGAUGAUUCUCGCAACAUCGCACGCGUGGCAAUGAAACUGCUGAAGGAUGGAGCCAACAUGAGAGUCAACGAACGUAUUCAUCUGAGGAAAGACGGCACGUACAAUCCAAAAGAAAGAGUUGUUCACAACAUAUCUCGCCACAACUUCAAUGGCAUGAGGAAGAAGCUGCUGGUAACAGAUAAGGGCAAUGAAGAAAAAUGCAAUAAUGGAGAAGGUGAGAGUGGAGGCGGGGAUGACAGCUUCGAUAACAAGGGUGACGAAGACUCUGGUACAGAUCCCGAAGACGACAAGCCCUGGGUUAAUCUUCAAGACAUGGAGGAGUUCCCCGAUCUUAUGUCCAAACCUUUUGAAGUUCUCUCGCUGAAGUAAUGUGAACCAACACAGCCACUCAUCUUAAUUUUGACCAAAUUUUCUAUAAUUACUAAUUGUUUUGACUCAGAAUAUAGUAAGCAAAUUUUAUUAUUAUUACUAAUGUAUUAUUAUUAUUGUUAUUAUUAUUAUCAUCAUUAUUUUUAUUAAAAAACAAGAGUGUUUUAAAUAGCACAUGAUUAGGAACAUAGAUCAGUGUAAUGUAUAGUUUAUUACCUGCUGAAGAACCAUGAAAUUUAGUGUGUAACUUUUGUAAAUAAAGAAGAUUUUUUACAA